CGUAAGGGUUGCCAGUUGGAAUUGAGCUGUGUUCGACGGCGAUCGUGCUACAGAUGCGAUAUCUUAUCAGUAUGGAAAUACUGUGGUUGUUUGUUGGGUUGAUAUUUCAAUUUACGGCGAGUGGUUUGAAACUUGGUGACCCAAAUGUGUGCCAGUAUGGGAAAAGACGUAUAUCAGUAUGUUGCUUAGGAUAUAAAUAUGAUAGUAGCAGUAAUUCCUGCCGUGCAAAAUGCGAUAAAGGCUGUAACAAUGGAACGUGUGUCACACCAAACAACUGCGUCUGCCCGCCACCUUUAGUCCUUCUCAAUGGGAAAGAAUGCGUUAGUCCUAUUUGCGACCAACCCUGUACCCAUGGACAAUGUACUGCACGGAAUGUCUGUACUUGCGACAUUGGGUAUGCUCCCGUCGAUCAGUUUACAUGCAAACCAGUUUGUGACCCAGCUUGUGAAAAUGGAAGAUGUGUCGCUCCAAAUACAUGCACCUGUUCCGUCGGUUACACAUUAAUCAACAAAACUUGCCAACCUGUAUGUGACGAAUGUGAUAAUGGCGAAUGUGUCGCUCCAAACCUUUGUAAAUGUAAUCCAGGAUAUACGAAACAAAACAGCAUCUGCCUGCCUGAUUGCCAGCGUCCUUGCGUAAAUGGAUUUUGCUCUGGACCUGAUAGGUGCACCUGUACUGCCGGCUUUGCUGUUGAUCCAGUGGAUAGAUUUAAUUGCCAGCCCAUCUGCGAAACACCGUGCAUCAACGCUUCCUGCGUUUCUCCCGGCACGUGUUCUUGUAUCUUUGGAUAUUUGCCGCUUAAUGAUACUAUCUGUACACCAAAAUGUGACGACUGUAUACACGGAGAUUGCGUAGCUCCAAACGAAUGUAGAUGUCAUAUAGGCUAUGUUUUAGAGAGCGGUAAGUGUGUGCCGAAAUGUGACGGUUGUAGUAAUGGCCGUUGCACAGCUCCGAACACCUGUGUUUGCGAUGAAGGAUACAGCCCUUCAUAUGGCACGUGCAAGCCAGUAUGCAAUCCGGAAUGUGUUAAUGCAAUGUGUGUUGGACCAAAUCAAUGCAGGUGUUUUGAAGGUUUCCGAAGGAGCAAUAGUUCAACUUGUAAAAGUCACUGUGAUAACUGUGAAAAUGGAAAAUGCUUGGAAGGGAGUUAUUGCUUUUGCAACGAGGGUUACAGUUUGGUGAAUGGGGUCUGCACUCCAAGCUGUUCUUUGCCUUGCGUAAAUGCAAGAUGUGCGGCACCAAAUACAUGCGAAUGUCUGGAAGGCUUUAAACGAAAUGAGACUUCACCUAAUAGCUGUUUCAAAGCCUGCAUCUGUGAUAACGGGAGAUGUAUAGACAAUAAAUGUAUUUGUGAUGAGGGCUACGAGAUGUCGGAUGGCAAUUGGACUGAGCUAAGGCCAGUGGAAUGUAAAACUUGCGAGGGAGAGUGUUCAGAUGACAUAUGUUACACAAGCCAUGUUACCAAUUAGAAGAACCAGCUGAAGUUGGAACGCCUACAAAGAAAGCUGUAACUAAAGAAAAAGAAACAAAUGUACUGGCAAUCCUCAUAUUAACGAGAACUGGAAAAUUAAGAAAAACUCUUCUCCAAUAUUUCUCUAUUAUUGGAAUAUAAGUAUCGUUCAGUUUUGUAUAAAAAUCUAUUGUUCUACUUUACGGUAGGAUCGAUUGAUUAAACGGUUUUAAUAUAAUUCUGUAAAACCGUAAUAACUACUAGACGUUACGAAAAACUGUUGUAAUAAGGUUUUAGAACUUAAAAUUGAUUAAAUUUUUUUUAAAACAACCAAGGAGCCUUUCUAAUACGUUCAAAAAUAAAUUAUUAAAUUUUAAUGUGACAGCACUUAACUGCUUUCAAAAAAAGCGCGUCAGAAGUUAUACAUCUUUGCCAUGACAAGUUACUACGCUCAUGUGUGAGAAGUACAAAUCAAGUACAAACAAAAAUUUCCGCCAAAUAAAGUUACCCAGGACGUUUUUCAGUCCUUAUUUCUAUCGUUCCUUUUGUGGACUUAAGUGUCAUAUUUCAUAACGAUAGUUGUAAUAAAUACGUUGAUCCUAACCUAAUUUCGGAUACAGUUAACGAAUAAUAUCAUAUUUGGGCCAUACGAUGCACAGGGCGAUUAGAACUUGAAGAAAAUGAUCAUGGCCUUUCACCAACCAGGUGAACCGAUCUUGUGACAGCCUAAUUGUCCUCAAAACUAAGCAUUGUUAAGAAAUAUGAUUUGCGCUGGAGAGAAACCAGAUGGAAGCAGAUUGCUUUCUUCCUCACCACGAUUAGCAGACAUGAGCUACCGGCAGAAGAUCUUCGUCAUAAUAAAUUAAUCUUGCAGAAAGAGACAAACUGCCAGUAGAAGGAUGACUUUUAUUUUUAA